AAUUUCCGGUCUUAAACUUCUUGGUGCUUUUAAAAAAUACAGAAACAGUUAGUCGUAAUGAUUGUUAUGAUCGAAUGCAGCACACCUUGACCGUACCAUAUAGAUUUUGUGAGCGGCAACACGUAAACUACAAACCUCGAAUAGCCAGUUUAUCUUAAAAAGGAAAUGGCUGGACAAAACGCGGUCGUCAUCAGAGCCCGACACUAAGCGUGUGUUGUUUAAAUUCUUGCUUAUUGAGAGUCUGGCCUCAGUUACUGUAAUGUAAAAUCGCGCAACUAUAAAACUUACUUUAUACUCUUUUUAACGAACAGUAUUAAUUGCUAUACUAAGCAGGUGCCUAUCGUAGAAUUAAAAGCAUUCCGUGGGAAAUAAACCUAAAGUUUAUUUAUUUUACCAAGAAUAGAAAAUGAACUUAACUGUUAUCCAGAAUGAUGACUCUCAGAACAAAUCACUUGGUUUCGAAAUUGCAACCGUGAAAAUUAGUGUUUUUGCUUAGUUUGGAUUUAACAUCUACGAACAACAACGUAGAAAAAAUGUCGCAAGGAGAAUACGAGUUACACAGAACAGACAGUUUAUGUCCAACCCCAUUAUCACGUCUGUUCGAUCUCGUAAAAUCCAACCGUUCGACUGAGAUAAGGCGACUGGUUAAUGAACAUGGAAAGGCACUUUUGUCACAAAUCUAUGACCAUCCCUUUUACAAGACAAUCGUUCAAAUAGCCUGCAGCAAUCUUGCGUCGCAGAUAACAUCCGAAACACUUCAAACAUUGAUAGAUUUAGGGGGCAAUUUGUACAGUUUAAACGAACAUUUUGAUAAUAAGCAAUGUUUGCAUUUUGCUGCAGAAAGUGGAAUUCCGGAAAUUCUUAAAGUUAUCCUCCGGAAUAUCAAUGAGAAACAAAUUAAUUCUCAGUGCGAUGGGGGUUGCUCGGCGUUACAUUGUCUCGUUAGAUUUAGCGAAAAGGACGAUGACGAUCAGGAAGAAUGCGUUAAACUCUUAGUACAGUGUGAACAAUUUGACGUGAACAAAAUCGACGACAAGAAUUUAACGGCGAUCUAUUAUGCUGCACGUAAAGGAAAUCGAAAAGUUGUGAGUGCAAUACUAAACUUUAGCUAUCACCCCGUCGAUAUCGAUACACACAAAUUCCGGGGAAAAUCGGCCAGAGAUUUUAUUCAAGAGAAGCAGUUAUACAACGGUAGUCUUCCAAUGGUAGAUGACUCUCGUCAUGCCAACAAUAUCGAUCCAAUCAAUGUCCUCUUUUCUUACCUCAAUGACCUGAAAGAAGACGAAUUUGUUCGCUCCGGUCACCUUUCAGAAACAACGGCAAACGGGGAUAACGGCCGUAUGACUUUACUGCAAUUAGCGUCUUCGAAAGGACUUACAAAUGCAGUAGAAAAACUGUUAGAAUUAGGAGCAAUUCCUGAUAAAGUUACUGAGAGAACUCCUAAAACGCCUAUCGAAAUGGCAGCUGAAGAAGGUUACUAUGAAAUAGUCAAGAUCCUUAUUAACACAACAUCCAUGGUUCCUACAAAGGCACUAGGAACUUCAUUGAAAAUGGCAGACGUAAUCUCAGUCGAUCCUAAGCGAGAUUAUCAACGCUGCUGCGAACUACUAUUAGAACAACCAAUAGAUAUCAACUCUGUAAAUAACGAAUCCAUAUUGCGUUAUGCAGUUUGUUACGGGGGCUCUGAAGUAACUCUGAAACUCCUACGAGCUGGUGCAUCUUUGGCAUGUAAAAAUAAUUAUGGUAUAAUGGCCGUUGAAGAGAUUGAUUCUACCACCAUGGAAAAACAUUUAGACGAAUGCCUGGAGGUUAAUUUAGAUAAAAAUGUGGAGGCUGAAAAUUUCGAAGCUGUCUUCAAUUACAAGACAUUAAUGCCUCCUACCAAAUUUCGGGCCUCAAAUAAAAAUAAAGAAGUAAAUUCGUUUUCGGUACCAGAAGACCUCGAAGCUGCAAACACUCUUUUUAAAGAAGAAGUUGAAGAAUUCACUUUAGAAAUGGAAGUUGUAAACUUCAUGAGCAAAUCCGCGGAACUUAGACAUUUACUAACGCAUCCGGUGAUAACCAGUUUCCUUUAUAUGAAGUGGCUUAGGCUUAGUAAAUUCUUUUAUAUUAAUUUAGCUGUUUAUGUACUUUUUUGUCUUUAUUUGUUCUUAUACGUGUUUAUGAGUUAUAAUAUUGAAUCGCCAGAAAAAUCUUCGCCCAAUGUGACGCUAACAAUCAUCUUAUCUAUUCUAUUUGCAAUACUUUGUAUUCGAGAAAUAUUUCAAAUGUUUUUGACUCCAAAUACGUACUUUUUUGAGUGUGAAAACUGGUUGGAGUUGAUACUGGUAUUUCUCACGGCGUUAAUUCUAUUCCAAAAGUCACCCUCAGAGUUUGUUAGAAAGCAAGUGUCCGCAUUCGUUAUACUUGUGGCAGCAUUCGAUAUUGUCUUAAUGAUUGGACAGCAUCCAAAGAUGGCAACAAACAUUGUAAUGUUGAAAACAGUCUCCUGUAAUUUCUUAAAAUUCUUCUUGUGGUAUGCUAUUCUUAUUAUAGCUUUCGCCAUGAGCUUUCACGUUUUAUUUAAAAACGAAGACGGGAAUGAAUCAAAACAAUCGAACAAAACAUUGGAUGUGGAGAAUGAAGAUGAUAAAGAACAAGAUUUCUUUGUUGAUCCAGCAGUCUCUUUGUUUAAAACAUUCGUGAUGCUAACGGGAGAGUUUGAUGCAAGCGACAUCAAUUUCAACAAAUUCCCCGUAACUGGUCAUUUGAUAUUUGCCUUGUUCAUAUUCAUGAUUGCAAUCAUUUUGUUCAAUCUAUUGAACGGUUUGGCAGUAAGCGAUACUCAAAUGAUAAAAAGUAACGCAGAACUGGUAGGGCACAUUGCAAGAAUCGAACACAUAACUCGCUUCGAAAACAUGUUUUUGGGCAAGGUAAUUCCGAAUUCGUUGUUGGAAUAUUUUGAAGAGAAAUGUUGUUGCGUAACUGUACCACUUAGUAAAUUGACAUUCUUAAGACCAUUCGCCCACAAGGUGUGCCUCUUUCCGCGUUAUUUAAAGGGCUACCAGUUAAAAGUACUUCCUAAUCAAUUUGGAAGAGUUGUUUUGCCCAACGAAAAUUUCAUUGACGACGAUUCGAUGGACACAACUUGUAUUAACGAUUGCAGAUAUAUUUAUUUAGAUCGCAAGACGGUUAAAAGAACAAGAAACCUUAUCAGAGAAAAGAAGUUGGAAAUAGAAAAACAACGAAGAGAAUCGUCUAUUGAACAGAAGCAGAAUGAAAUUAUCACUCAACAAAAGCAGCAAAUUGAAGAAAUUAGGAAAGAACAGAAAAUAAUCAUGCACAAAUUAGAAGCAAUAAUAAAUAAUAUGAAUAGUUUAACUCAUUGAAAUAUCCAUUUUUGCUUUAUUUUUUAUAAUUGUUUUAACAUAUAAGUACAUAUUUAUAAUGACGUAAUUUAAUAGAAUAUUUUAAAAAAUGGUUGCUAUAUUACCUUGCUUUACAGGCAAGUUAAUUAUCUUUACCUUGAAUAGCACUGAAAAGUGAUUUUAGGAGUGGUGGAAGGGUGAAGCGCAGGGGGAAAAGGUGAGAAACCGUAUGUCGAAGAAGAAACUAAUUUAACUUAUUUUAACAUUGUACAAAACAAUUUUUUAGAGUGAUUUUUUGUAAAUAAUGGUAA